AUGCCAAAAAAAGGAAAGCACAAAAAUAGAAGACCGACAGUCCAAGUCGCGGCGGAUUCCGGGCCGAUAAAACUUGGAACAACCUCUAAUCCUAACGACUGGGAAACAUGUACCAAAGAAGAACAGUUAGAGAUAAUUAUCCGGAAGAAAUUGGACCAUCUUUUUGGCGAAGCUCUUUCUAGGCUUGUUGGCAAGGGAUAUGAUGAAGAUGUCGCCUUAAAAGGGUUAUUGGAAAGAGGGUAUUGUGUCGGUGAGGCAGACUGUUUGAGUAACGUUGUUCAAAAUUGUUUGGAAUUUUUAACAGGAAAAGAUGACGUUGAAUCGGAACAACAAGAUCAACCUAAACCGUUCCAGAAUCUUGAAUUGCUAGUGGAGUUCAAUCUAUUCUUUAUGUUGUAUAUUUUGCAAAAGUAUAGGCCCAAUUUGAAUAGGAUGUCUAUACUUCGAUGUAUUCUUAUGACUGAUUUGAAUUUGAAUCGAGCCAUUAUCAUGAAAAUCAGCGAUACCCCUUUUGAAAUAAAAGACAAGGCUGGUGAUGAUUUGAAUCUUGAGGGUGACGAUGGUGAUAAUAGAGAGAAAGAUAGGUUCUUGGAUCUUGAAAUCAGAGAACUGUUUAAUAAUUUGAAUUUUCUUGAUGAAUCUAUUUCUGAGGAUAUGAAGGAUGCGAUGAUUGCUGGUUUGCAAAAGCCGAUUGAUGAUCUUAAGCCGCAGCUUGAAGAAAGGAUAAGAUGGGCAAGUAAGAAGGUGGCAGAAGCGAGAAGAAAACAACCCUCCACAAGAAUGACUCUAGUGGAGGAGAUUGAGCUAUUAAAAAUUCUCAAAGACAGCAAGGUAACAAAGAGGGAUUCUGAAUUAGCAUCAGUAAACAAUGAAUUGACUGAUGCUGAGAAAACUGUUAAACUUCUUGAGAUGGAGAAGGAAGAGAUUAAAGCAGAAAUAUCGGCAUCAAAGCUAUUAGUAUCGGAGGCAAGGCAGAAGUUAUUGGAAGUUUCAAAGAAGGGGAAGAAGAAGAACUCGGAGAAACAGAAAGAGGAGUUGCAGGAGGAGAUUGAAUUGGAGAAGAAAAAGAUAUCGAAAUGGAACCAAGAUUUGGUUGAGACAGAGGCAGCUCUAAUCCCAGCUGUGGUGAAAUUGGGAGAGGUAAUAGAGACAAGAAAAGCGAUCAUUGCACAAGUGGACAAGGAACAUGAGCUGGUCUUAGAAAGUUGGGAUAAUGAUAUGCUUCUGGAACAGGUGGGGAGGUUGACAUAUGCCCUAAUUAAAGCCAGAUAUGAAGUACAAGACACAAGGACUGAAUUCAUAAGGAUGUUAUCUAAAGACUCAAAAUUCUGA